AUGCUGCUUGGAUCAACUAGUGAACGAGAAGUGUUACGAUUGAUUGAUUCGCUGAAAGAAAAAUUCGAGCUCACGUGUCUUGGUGAUGUUCGGCAUUUCCUAGGAAUUGACAUACGGCGGGAAGCAGGAAUUUAUAAAAUACUUUUGAAAAACUACAUCGAGAAGCUGAUUACUAACCAUGGAAUGGAACAGGCCAAGACAGCGAAAUCAUCAAUGCAACCUGGGUUUAUGAAAGAUGAUAACUCGAGUGCAGUGCUAGAAGAUGCGACCAAAUAUCGAAGUCUUGUAGAAGGUUUGUUAUAUCUUGCAGUGAAUACUAGGCCAGAUAUCGCGGAGUGUAUGGCAAUUCUCGGUCGCAAGUUCAGUAAUCCGAGGGAGGCUGACUGGACAGCAGCAAAGCGGGUGCUUAAAUACCUGAAGAAAAUGGUAGAUUGCAGCCUACGACUAGGAGGAUAUUCAGAGCAGUUGCUUGUCGCAUACUCGGUUUCCGAUUGGGCCGGAGAUGUUUGCAGCCGAAAAUUGACAUCGGGCUUCGUGUUUUUCUUCGGAGGUGUUUUAGUUUCGUGGGCUAGUCAUCGUCAAACGUCAAUCGUCAUCUAUGGAGGCGAAGUAUUUGGCGCUGAGUGA